AUGCAAUAGAAACUUAACUACACAUGAUAUAUGAGAGAAACGGGGGUUAAUUUACAUACUGUAGAAAUCAAAAACUAAGAUCAAAAUGUGAUAAUAAAGGAAUACAUAAUGGCAUGCGUUGAUACACUAAACAAAUAAUAGAAUAUAAAAGGAUAGGAUUGAAAGAUUCUGGAUCUAUGGUCGAAAUACAAAAAUAACAUGGAGUAUCCAAGAGAUGAUCUAAAUACUCAGAGAGAGGAAACUAAAGUCCGUUUCUGGGAGUACAAAAGAAUAAGCUGGAUAUCAAAAUGGCUGUUCUGUUGGGUAUCACAGUUAAAAAUCAAUGUGACUAAAGGACGACCGGGGUUGACGUAUCUAAACAAAGAUGGGGAUAUUGAUGAUGAGACAUCUUUAUUGAAAAUAUUGUUCCGAAAGUCUGGAAGGAAAUUGAUACUCUCUGGACUCUUAUUUCUUAUAUCGGAAAAUGUAUUAUUGGGCUUACCAACAUGCCUCAAACAGAUCACGAGGUAUAUAUCAGGUUCCGCCUCACUGGAAACUGCAAUAAUAUGGUCCUGUGGUUUUCUCCUGCUUCUGUUGUGCCAUGCUCUGCUGCAUCAUUAUGCCCUGUUCGUGUCUAAGCAUGUUGCUGGCAUUAUGGACUACACGUGUCGUCUACAUAUAAUGAAUAAACUAUCUACACGAACUGAUAACGAAGGUGAAGAUUUAAUGGUGAAAAUGAACGAUGACCUCAAAAGAGUAUCCAGUGGAAUAAAAUAUAUGCAUUUCACGUGGGUGUACGCUAUACAACUACUAGUUAUAGCAGUGCUUCUCUUCCGAAGUGUCAGCUAUACUCUGAUUAUCAUUUGUGUCAUUGUUGUUGUCUCAGCACUUAUACUUGCUGUGAAAUCAAACUUGGCAGCUGGAAGGAAAAAGAUCACCAAAGCAAGAGAAGAACACGAGGAGGUAGGAAAGGGGAUAUUUGGAAACAUGGAAUUCCUAAGUCGAAGUACAUGGCAAAAGCCCCUACUUCGUAGAUACAAACGACUCAAAAGGAUCUACCUUGGACUGGUUCAAACAAAUACGAUUGUCCGACUGUGUCUCAGAAUCGCAGCCUUUGUUAUGCCCCAUAUUGGGUUCAGCCUCGUUUUGGCAGUUUACCUCGGACAGAAUACUCCCCCUACUUACACAUUGAUACCUGAUAUAGUCAUAUGGCUUAUACUUUUUCAAUACGGAUGUACAAGAAGACUGCCAGAUGGAGUGUAUAGUAGCAUCCGGAUGGUUGCAUCAGUGAAUAGGAUCCAGAAGUUUCUAGUCAAGGCCGAAGACGUCAGGAACCCAAUGCAUAAUGGUGAAGACACAGGGAUGUAUGACGUCAUCCUUGAAAAUGUAUCCGGGUCAUGGCAAAAUAAAACUACAAAGAAAAAUGUCGAAGAUGCAGUAUUUCUACUUCAGGACAUUAAUAUUGAAAUCAGAAAGGGAGAAAUGGUGUAUUUUGUUGGCCCACCAGCUUCAGGAAAGAGCACAUUGAUGGCCGCAAUAAUGGGGCAACUGCCCUUUACCAAGGGACGGGUAUUUUGUACCAAUAGCAUCAGUUAUGCCCCUCAAGAUAACUAUAUGUUACCUGGUACUAUUCGGGACAACAUCCUGCUGGGAAAAGACUUUGACCCGGAGCGUUAUGAAGCUGUCAUCGAGGCAUGCGUAUUGGGAGAUCAGUUGGGUGCUAUGCAACGAGAGGAUUUUACUGAAAUAUAUGCGGACCAAUCAGAAGUGGCGAAUGAUGUGGUUGUCAAGGUGAAUAUAGCGAGGGUUUUGUAUGCUGAUACGGAUAUGUAUGUGUUCGAAGAUAUAUUUUCUUACCUAGACGAACCAGAAUCGGUUGCAAUAUUCAAACGGGGAGUACAGAGUUUCCUACAUGGCAAGACUAGAAUUAUGAUUUCUAGGACACCACCAACCAUUCCUACGGAGGAAGCAAGAAUCUGCUCAUUUAUCGAGGGAACGCUCUUCAUCAAUGGACUGUACCAAGACAUCGAUGGCCAAGAUCGCGUCAAUCUCAUAAACAAUGUAUUUCGCCAGAAUGACACUAAAUUAAGUGACAUAACAAAAGAGGCAAUAUCAAGUGAAAAUAAGUAUAUUCAAUAUGCUCACAAAAACAUCUUAGCCAAUGCACAUCCUGAAAACAAGACACUAAGAUUUGGCAAAUUAUCAUCUGAUGCCCCUGCAAGUGUAAGCGAUCUCAAUAAUUUCGGCUAUUGGUCUGAAUUGUUGACAUGUCGCUUGAUUGCACUUAUGUGUAUGUUUAUCACAUCGGUAACAGUGUGUCAGGCCUGUUUAUAUGUUGGAAUUUGGUGGAUAAUUACUUUAUACGAAACUAGUUCUGAGGAUUUGCCACUAGUGAUAACUGCAAAGGUCGAGAAGGAUUUGCUGGACAAACAAUGGAAUGCAAUAUAUAUUUACAUUGGAAUGACUGGUGGCUCAGUAGUAUGCGGACUAAUAUCUGCCCUAGUUUUACCCUACAUCAUGCGUCAUGUGUCACAGAGGGUUUACCUCAGUACCUUCAAUAUAUUGCUUAGAACAAACGGAAACUCUAGAGUGACAUUGCACCAAGGUGAAACAUGGCGGCAUUGUAGCGUUUUAAGUACCGUAAUGGAUGAGAAAUUACCACAAGCUUUGUUCUCAUUUACAAUGGCUAUCAAUACCACCAUCGGAGCAUUGGUACUGAUUACGAUAUCACAACCAUGGGCGCUCAUAGCACUAUUAGCCACAGCAGUUGUGAUUUCUCUCCUAGCUGUCAAAAGCGUACAUUUUCUCAGGUUGUGUCGGAUUACUGACUUUUGGAAUAACACAAAUUACAUUAACUUUUGGACGCAGUCCCAAGCCACCGGGCCAUGCACAAAUUCAGUGAAGUCUUACGUUGUUGAUAAACUAAAACGAAUGAUACUUGCUGAAAUAAAUGGAAAUAUAAGUCUGCUAGGCUCCCUCAAAUGGUUGUUUUUGCGGAUCCAAUUCAUUGAGCUAAUUGCAAUAAUAGCAAUACUAAUCAUAGUUUUGCUACACCCUGGUACCAAUGUGGCGGGUCCUAGUCUAGUACUAACAUUUAUGAUAGCUGCAUAUCUUAAUGCACACGAAAUGGUGAAAUAUGGAUCCGAACUCGGGAACAUGAUAUCCUUACUUAAUGACACAAUUGAGAGACUGGAUCUCAAUAAAGUUCUACAGCCUCCGACCUACAUACCAGUUUCCAAAUCUUGGCCAGUGAGGACUACGCUGAACGUAGAAUACAGGAACCAAGUAUUACAAGAACCUUUGAAAUGCAUCUUUAGAGAAGGAGAUAUGGUGUCUGUGUAUGGCCAGAAUUUUACGGACACUGCCAUUUUUACUGAGCUGUUUUGUGGCAAAAACGACUCUGCCUCUACUGUGACGAUAGAUGGCGUGAAUAUAGCGACUGUGAAUCCUAAAAACUUGAGCGAAGUUAUUGCCAUUAUACCUAAGGAAAUACCGAUAUUUAAAGCCACACUCCGCACAAACCUAGACCCGCUUCAUGAGUACGCUGACAGCGAGCUUUGGCUGGCUCUGCAAGAAACUGGCCUGAAGCCAAUGGUGGAUGAAUUUAAACAUAAGCUAUAUACCUUGGUUGAUGGGGAUAGUUUCGAUGUGUUGGAGAAGCAAUUGUUAUUGCUCACUUGUGCUUUGCUGCGAGAACAGAAGAUUAUUGUCAUAUGUGAUGGGCCAUUGUUGAAUAGGUACUCUCCCUUAUUAGAGAGCAUCGUCGAACGUUCGUUUCCUAGAUGCAUUUUCUUCUUCGUAACAAAGUCUGCCUCACCGCUGGAUAUGUGUGACAAAAUAUUGGUUCUACAUGAUGGACAUCCGAUUGACAUUCUCAGGACAAAUGAUUUAAAUUCACAACGUGAAAACGUGGACGGCGCAAUAAUCAACCAUGUUGAGCGAGGAAAGAAACCUUCCCAUGUGAACACGAUCACCCACAAAAAUCCCCACAACAGACUGGAAAUGAAACACUUGAAGUCAAUCGCAUACGAUUACAAAUCUCGGCAAGUGAGAUUCAAUCAAAAGACUCACAAGUCUUCCUCUAGGGGUGAAAGUUCAGAAGACCAAGGCAUAUACAGUGCAGAAUUGCAAGGCUCUGAUAACACCAGCUCCGUAUACUCAUCCAAACAUCGAGACAAACCUUGGAUUGAGCUUCACAUUCCAGAUGGGUAUAACGGAAUACACAAUUUAUCCGAACCAGAGUCAGUUUACAUCAGUGAUCAAAGUAACAUUUCUCAAGUACAUACGUCUGUAAAUAUUUCUCAAAAACAAUCAAUGACGCCUUCAGUCACGGACAUUAAAGAUGAUCGGCGUGUCUAUAACAUUGAAGAUCAGAGUGUUGCGACUUCUGUUGCUAUUGACAGGAAAGGUCGUAUAUCGUCUAAAGCACGACAAUCAAUACUUGAAAUGCUGCCAAGGGGUAAUAUAACAACCAGCAACGAUGAUUUGUCAACAGAUGAGCAGAAUGAAAGCAACACUGAAAUCGAUGGAAUACAGGGUGCUCCGAACUUUGCAUUGGAAGACGCCGAAUUAUCAGACGACUCAUCGACUGGAAGUUUCGUAAUCGAGUUUGGAGACUAUACGGAUGACCAACAGAAAAAAUUGUCAGAAAUACUCGGUGAAGAUAUACAGUAUAUAAUGUAUAGCAAAAAGAAUAGUAAAUCCAGAAGUAGUGAUAGGAACACUUCGCAGACUUCUACUGGACUUGAUACCCUUCAUAAAAGUGGAGCUUUGGGCACGCGAUUUUCCACUAGCAGAAAUGUAUCAUUCGGCACAAGCAGACAGAGUUUAUUUCGAAGCCAGAGUAGCAAUGAUAGAGCUUCUUCAACAGGAUUGUCAACUUUCGCACCAUCCGUACUUUCAAAUUCCAGUCAAAAUGAACUUCCGGUUCGACAUUAUCGUAAGCGGCAUCAUACCACGAGAGGGCGCUCUCAUCGUCUCUCGUCAUCUUUCCAAUACCAACGAUCACACUCAGUUCGACGGGACUAUCGAAAUUAAAAUUUACGGUUUAAAUUUAAAUAUUAAGAAUCAUGUUAUGAACUAAUUAUCACCAUUUGCGAGGCCUGUUCUCGGCGUGUUUUAAGACUAUAGUAGUUUAGAAGGCUAUAUUUUACUACAUUUACUUGAGCAAUGGGUGGAGCCAUAUUGUCCAUAUGUGAAUUAUACACCCUUGUACCAUGUUAAAAUUGUGGAUGUAUAGUUAUAUAAUUAUUAUGAAGAAUAUAUUUGGUGAACCGCCU